AUGACGUCAAGCUUGCAAGUUUUCGACUUUCGGCCAUUUGCCAUGUUGAAGUUAACAGCAACUGCACGGCUGUUCCACCUCUGGUGCAAUAAUUCUUCCAACCGUUCCAUUUCUCGACCUCCUGUACUUCAACUAAUUGUGCUAUUAUCAAUCUUACUUAAACCUUUUAACUUACUUCUAGCUUCAGCUACACCACAAUUUAGCUCUAUCAGAUUACAGUCACAACCACGAUCAUUAGAUACUGAACAAUGUCAAACUAAUAUUCCCGGUGAUUGUAAUCCAUACUCAUGUCAUGGUACUUGUGAAGGACGAUAUGUUCGAUUUUGGGAUAAUAAACUAAAACUCGAUCGAACUGUGAAAAGUUGUCAUUGUGUCCAGGAGCCGGUGUGUAGCAUAAUUGGAAUGAAUGCAUAUACCGGUUGUCGAACUUAUUCCGUACUCUCUAAAGCAGCUCAACGAUUCAUCCGGUUAUGGACAAUGAGUGAUGCCGAAAAAUUGGACAAUCAACGAUCUUCACUUUUUGCUUUUCGGUUUCAUCGUUCCUGGGAUCGAUUACGACAUAAUCAAUUGCUUAAUGCUAAUUCUAAAUUUUGCUGUCACACAAUCAAUACCACUUCUUCGGGUUCUAUUAUUUUUCACUACACAUCAUUAUCAGUUUUAAUGCCUCUUUCAUUUGUAUUACUUUUGUAA